UCCCCUCCUCUCAACACAAUCUGCUAACUAUAUCUUGACCUGCAGCUAGACAACCUGCGGACAAGUUCCGCUGAUUGCAGAUCACCAUGUUGCAUAUCUCUUCAUCAAUGGCGACAUGGCCGAUGUAGUGUGCACUUUCUUUUUUAACCCCCAGCUAGGACUCUAUCGCUCCUGCAACAGCCAGCACCGUUACAAUGACCUCUCCCAAGCAGCGACGAUGGUAUCAGAUGCGAUGGUUCUCGGAGAAUGAUACUCUCGAGGACAAGAAGCUGAUUCUCAAGCUGGAUGCUCUGAUUGUCCCGUAUGCCUUUCUGUCCUAUUGGACGAAAUAUAUCGACCAAGCCAACCUGAGUCAGUUCGCCGCAUCACCCCGCAAAUCAGGACUGACAUUUUCGAUUUCUGCCUUUAGACAAUGCCUAUGUAUCGGGAAUGCAAGAAGAGAUCGGCCUCGGUGGGGAUGACUUGGUAAACCUCCAGACGAUGUACACGGUGGGCGCGGUGGUUGGCCAGCUCCCAUUUGCGUAUCUCUUUACGCGAGUGCCCAUCUCAUGGCUGAUCCCCAUCAUGGACAUCGCUUGGGGCAUCUUCACUCUCCUCCAAUACCGGGCUACAUCGUACAGCGAGAUGAUGGCCUACCGAUUUCUGGUGGGAUGGUUCGAGGUAAGUACCCCCUGUACCCCCAUAAGCGGCGAUUUGCAUCUGACGUUCAUCGGCAAUCAGGCGGCGUUCUUCCCCGGAAUGCAUUACAUCUUUGGGGCCUGGUAUCGCGGAGACGAGAUCGCUCGUCGUGGGGGCUGCUUCUAUGUUGGUCUGACACUGGGCACCCUCACAGCCAGCCUCAUCCAGGCCGGUGCUUCCUCGCGCCUGGAUGGGGUGUCCGGCCUUGCCGGGUGGCGAUGGAUGUUCAUCAUCUGCGCGAUCAUCACCAUCCCUAUAGGCAUCCUGGGAUUUUUCGUCCUACCCGGGACUCCCGACAAGCCCAACCGACUGAUUCUUCGGCAAAAAGACAUCCAGCGUGGGCGUGAACGACUCGAGCGCACCGGUCAUCGGUUCACCUCGUCCGGCUUCUCCACCCUUCAAACCUGCCGUUCACUCCUGAAGAGCCAGAAAUUCUACAUCUUCCUUGUCCUAGACGUCCUUUUCUGGAAUGCGGGCCUCCACGCCUCCGCAGGGGGGUAUCUCCUGUGGCUAAAAUCGCUCCAACGCUUCAGCACGGCCACCCUGAACAAUCUCUCCGCUAUUGCCCCCGCCCUCGGCAUCUUCUAUACUCUGUUUGUCUGCUUCCUAUCAGACCUCUGGCUGGGUCCGGCGUGGGCCAUUGUCCUAGCCCACACCAGGAACAGCCUGGGGCUGAUCAUUCUCACGAUCUGGGAGGUGCCCGAGUCGGCCAAGUGGUUUGCGUUCUCGACAAUCUAUGCGUGUGUGGCCAUGUCGAGCGUGCUGUACGGGUGGGUCAACACCGAGCUCCGGUAUUCCCCGCAGGAACGAGCCGUGGUCCUGGUGGUCAUCAAUGCGGUCUCGCAGUCCACAACUGCCUGGACACCAUUACUGGUGUUUCCGACCGUGGAGGGGCCGCGAUUCACCAAGGGUUAUGCAUUCACCUUGGGGUCUGCGCUGGCAUUGAUAGUGGGGACGAUUGGGGUCUGGGCCGUUUUCCGGAAGAAGGCGAUGGUCAGUAAUGGAGAGGAGGAGGAGGAGAUAGUCGUGGUGCAGGGGAAGCGGGAUGGCAAGACUGAGGGCACUGAGCAGUAGCGAUUCCCAAUUUGUACAUAUGUACAUAUGUACUGCACGUGAUUCGCAACAAAAAGGAG